AUGGGAGCACUACUCGUAUGUUUUGGGAUGGAAGAAUCAGAUGAUGGUCACAUGAGACAGCAGAAGAAAGUAUCUAGACGUCAUUCCUACGCACUACUUGACCGAAUACAGAUAAAUUGGAAUGGUAGACAUUUUGAUGAGGAAGACGAAGAGGUGAUCAAUUGGGACAAUUUUAUGUUACAAUCGAACAAAUCAACGGCAUCCUCAGGUCGUCGCAUGUUAUCGGCAUUCUACAGUCGAUUACUCGAAGAAAAUAAUGAUUAUGCUUUUUACUUUGAUACAAAAGGAAAACGAAUGAAAGGAGCGUAUCUUUAUCAUGUGGAGCUAUUGGAGAAUUAUUUUGAACUUUUCUGUGGACAAAGACGGACUCAAAAGUCACCUUAUCCAGUCGAAUUGGUUGAAAUGUACAGCUUGAGUGAUGAAUGCUUUUCGACAUCGUCUACUAUGAUGAGUGAUGUGGACUACGGGGUCUCAGUCAACAGCAGCAACAAUAACCUCUCUCACUUGUUGAUAUUACAACCAGUACUUGGUCGAUCCUCGAGCUUAGGUCCACCCGUGCAUACAAGUAUCAAGAUUCAUCGAGCUAUUACCAGUCCACAUCUUGAAGACGACCUAUACUUUGCUCACUUACAUUCACCAUGGAAUUCACAUCAAUUCAAGCUUGAGAAUCAUGACUUGUCAUCACCAAAGUCGUUUCUAUCACGGACAUUUACAAGCUAA